ACCAUCGACGCAGAUCCACUAUCGGAGAAAAGAAAUAGCCAGUUUUAUGUUCCUCGCGAUGAAUGCUUCUCGGAGAUAAAGCAGCUAACAUUUUCAGCAAAGACAGUAUAUUUAGUGCUGCGAGUAUUGGUGCCAUCCCUAGGAACAGUGAUGAAGGACAGAGAUCUUGGAUUCCCCUACUUCACAACCAUAGACUCGCUUUUCACUAAAGGAGUUAACUUGCCAUCUGAAGAAAACCAAGAAGGGUUCCUCAGAGCCAUCAUGCCCAGGCUUGUCAAAACCAUUUCUGAAACAGGAGGAGAUGUUUUGCGCUUUGAGACUCCCGAAACGAUGAACAGGGACAAAUUCUUUUGGUUUAGGGACGAGGAAUUUGCCCGACAGACUCUUUCUGGUCUCAACCCUUAUAGCAUACAGUUGGUCACGGAAUGGCCAUUAAAGAGCAAACUUGACCCUGAGAUCUACGGUCCACCAGAAUCAGCCAUCACAACAGAAAUGAUUGAGGAAGAAAUUGGAGGUCUAAUGAGUAUUGACAAGGCCAUACAACAAAAGAAGUUGUUCAUACUAGAUUGCCAUGACCUUUUGCUACCAUUCGUCAACAAAGUAAGACAGCUUGAAGGCACUACGCUUUAUGGUUCACGGACGCUAUUCUUCUUAACCACAAAUGGCACAUUGAGGCCACUGGCUAUAGAACUCACUCGGCCGCCUAUGGAUGGAAAGCUGCAGUGGAAGCAAGUUUUUAAACCUUCUUGGCAUUCAACGUCUAUCUGGCUUUGGAGGCUUUCCAAAGCUCAUGUCCUUGCCCACGACUCUGGCUAUCACCAACUUGUUAGUCACUGGUUGAGAACUCAUUGUGUAAGUGAACCUUAUGUAAUUGCGACAAAUAGGCAACUUAGUGUGAUGCAUCCAAUCUACAGACUGUUGCACCCUCAUUUUCGUUACACCAUCGAGAUCAAUGCUCUUGCUCGAGAGGCGCUUAUCAAUGCAAGUGGAACCAUUGAGACUGCAUUCACACCUGGCAAAUAUUCCAUGGAACUCUGCUCCGUCGCCUAUGAUCUCCAGUGGCGAUUCGACCGGCAAGCAUUGCCCGCUGACCUAGUUAGCAGGGGAAUGGCUGUUGAGGAUCCAACUGCUCCUCAUGGACUAAAGCUAACAAUUAAAGACUACCCUUUUGCUAAUGAAGGCUUGAUCCUUUGGGAUGCCAUCAAAUUAUGGGUCACUGAUUAUGUCAACCACUAUUACCCAAACCCUAGCCUUGUAGAGUCCGAUCGAGAGCUCCAAGCAUGGUGGACAGAAAUUCGAACAGUCGGCCAUGCUGACAAGAAGGACGAACCAUGGUGGCCGGUCCUAAAAACCCCCCAAGACCUAAUUGACAUCAUCACAACAAUUGCAUGGGUCACUUCUGGUCACCAUGCAGCCGUGAACUUUGGACAAUAUGCAGCUUACGGGGGUUAUUUUCCUAAUCGGCCUACCAUUGCUAGAACCAACAUGCCCACAGAAGACCCUACUGAAGAAGAAUGGAAAAAGUUCAUGAAAAAACCUGAACAUGCACUCUUGAAAUGCUUCCCUUCACAACUUCAAGCAACAAGAAUAAUGGCUGUUUUGGACAUAUUGUCUAAUCAUUCACCGGACGAGGAGUACCUUGGGGAGAAGAUGGAGCCCUCAUGGGCUGAAGAUCCGUUCAUAAAGACGGCUUUUGAACGGUUUAAUGGGAGAUUGAAGGAGCUUGAACGGAUUAUUGACGAAAGGAACUCAAACAAUGAUUUCAAGAAUAGAGUAGGAGCCGGGAUGGUGCCGUAUGAGCUUUUGAAGCCAUUUUCGCAGCCUGGGGUGACUGGAAAAGGGGUUCCAUAUAGUGUCUCCAUUUGAAUUUGAAAUGCGUUUUUAUAGUUUCAAACUCUUGAGUGGUGCCCCCCGCGGAAAAAAACAAUUUGAACAAAAUGCUUCCAUGCCUUGUAAAUAUUCAAAUGCUUGAAUCACAAUGGUGAUAAUUGAUUUGUGUGUCUAGGCAAGGUUCAAAACUAAGACCUAUCCUAAUCCAACAGUGCUUAGCUUGCUUGUCA